AUGACCAUCAAAUACCUCAUCCUGCUCUCGCGGCAGGGCAAAGUGCGUCUAGCCAAGUGGUUCACCACGCUCGCGCCCAAAGACAAGGCCAAAAUCGUAAAAGACGUCUCGCAGCUCGUCCUCGCCCGCCGCACCCGCAUGUGCAACUUCUUGGAGUACAAAGACACCAAGAUCGUAUACCGCCGAUAUGCCUCCCUUUUCUUCAUCGCCGGCUGCGACUCGACCGACAAUGAGCUGAUCACUCUCGAAAUCGUCCAUCGCUACGUCGAGCAGAUGGACAAAUACUACGGCAACGUGUGCGAGCUCGACAUCAUCUUCAACUUCCAGAAAGCAUACUUCAUUCUCGACGAGCUCCUGCUUGCGGGCGACAUGCAGGAGAGCAGCAAGAAGAAUGUGUUGAGGUGUAUAGGACAGCAAGACAGCCUCGAAGACAUGGAGUACCUAGAUUUGUGCGCCCUCCACGAGGUGAACCUCGCCCUCAACUUCGACACCCAAGACACAGCCAUCAUCGGCGGCUGCGAUCUUUGGACCGUCAAAGCCGCCGGGAGCGAUAAGAAACUGUACAAGCGCAUCGAGAAGACGCUCGAGGAACGGCAUAAAGAGCUGCUUUCCGCCGUCGCAGGCCUCUCGGAGCAAUCGGCCGCGCAGUUCGCAGACCAGCUCAACAUUGCACGAGACACCCCCUUCGGCACCUUCAACGAGGCUGCGAACCGACAUACUUUUGCCUACCUUAUCGCAACGCUAAACGCGACACACAUCGACUACGACUUUGCAAACACCCUAAACCCCGACGAGUUCCGCCGCGAGACACAAGCCACCUUUAUGCACAAGAUCGACACUACAAUGUACUACCUCCGCCCACAAGUCUACUCCGCCGGCCUCCCCGCCGGCGCCGUCACACCGCUUGGCUCACCAAUCUGGAGCCCACGGAGUUGGUACUUGUUGGAUAGCGAAAUGGACAUGUCAACCUGCGAAUACUACGCGUGGGAGCCCUCGGACGACCCGUUCGCCGACGACGGCGCAAUAUGGAGUCAUCAUUUCUUCUUAUAUAACAGGGAUCGGAAACGUGUGGCUUACUUCUAUCUCCGGGGCGUGUCUGCGCUAUCAAACUCGCCUAGCAUCGCAAUGUCGCUCAUGUCGAAGUUCAAAGCCACAAAAGUCGAGAGCUCGGCCAACGCGGGCAGUCGGAAGCGUGCCGAAUACUGGCUAGGCGAUCGGGCACGAAAAGGACUCGAAGCGUACGGCGACUCUGACGAGCUAGACAACAUGGUCAUUGACCACCCGGGCGAUAUUGUCGAUGCAGAGCAGGAGAGUUACAUCCCUGCCAGGGAGAUGAGCAUGGAUGCCGACUACUACGAAAGUGAGGGCGGUAGCGACGUGGAGAGCUUGGCGGGGAGGGUCAGAGGCAAGAGCGGUGUAAGAACUAUGAGCGAGGGGCUCAUGGAUCGCAUGGAGCUGUGA